AUGGACCACCAUAGAAGACCGUCCAGGGGGGCGAGUGCACCCACCGGGAGGGCGAUUCCGGCGAAAAUCGAGAGCGAUGUCGCCGGUGGCGUGACGAGGCCAAGGAGGCGUAAGAGCCUGGAGCCCGCGGCGGCUCGCCCGGUUCUGGGCGACAUCACCAAUGCGGGCGCCCGUCGCGUUCGCGCCGAACGCAAGGCACCCGCCGCGGAUGCCAAACCUCGCCGCAGUCGAAGGUCCAAAGCCGACAUCGCCGCGGACCUUUUCGAUGAUGCCGCCGACCUGUUUGACCAGGUGCUCUCCUAUACGAAGGAGAAGCGCGAGUGA